AAAAAAAAAACACAAAAACCACCAAACGAGGAAAAUCAAAGAAAAAGGGAAAGAACGGUCAAGAACGGUCAGACGAGAUGUUCAGCUUAGUAGAGUCCAUCACCAGUCGAUUCAACCUCACCAACCAUACAAACGCAGAUAGACCGUUGAACACCCAAGUACUCUACUCUUCACUCUCCUCGACUACCAAGAAACUAGCAAACCAACUGUCGACAAGCCUCCAAUCAUCCUCCCAGCAUCUCCACUCCACCCUAGAGUCUCUCGACCAUCUAGACCUAGACCAACUGAUCAUCCAAACACCGGUCGAUUCCACCUAUCAACUCGCCAUAUUCUUAUUACCCUCCUACAACGUCGAGUCGCCAGUCGAUUCGGUACUAGCUCAAUUCCGAGACGCUCUCUUCGACUUCAGAUUAUCCAAGAACUCUCUCGCUGGUCUCAGUUUCGCCGUCAUCGGUAUUGGACACUCUGAUUAUCGAGAUGAGUUUUGCAAACAAGCCAUUGAGCUCGACGAGAUACUGGAAGGAUUAGGCGCCCGAAGGCUGUUACCUCUACAGAAGAUCGAUGUCGCAGUCGAUCCUGAACGCGAUCUCGACCAUUAUUAUCAUUCUAUCAUUCAGAAAACCUUUCAUCCGGCACUCAAAUCUUUCUCCGAGCUACCAACUAUCAAAUCUCAAGAGAUCAAGAAGUAUUCUGCAGAAAAUGAAGAAGAAGAAGAAGAAGAGGAGGAGGAAGAACAAGAUGAUGUUGACAACUCAGAUGACGAAUUUGUAGAUUAUUCCAAUUCAAAGCCACUUUCCAAAGCUGAAAAAGCGCGCCAAAAGUCCAAAAGAUUAUUAAACAAAAAGAUCAAUCAAGGUGAAAAGAAGACCAACGGAACUCAAGAUAUCGAAGACUUAGGAGUAGGAGUACCCCAGAUCGAGAACCUGACCUCAAACUCAAAAGAUGACGCCGAAAACCAGAUGAUUAAGAAAGAUAUGAUUAGUCCUAUGACUCGAAAAAGUCUGACCAAGCAAGGAUAUGCAAUCGUCGGUUCUCAUAGUGCUGUCAAAACUUGUCGUUGGACUAAAGCUUCUCUAAGAGGCAGAGGAUUUUGCUAUAAACAUGCAUUCUACGGUAUCCAAUCCCACCAGUGCAUGGAAGCCACCCCAUCCUUAGCUUGUGCAAACAAAUGUACGUUUUGUUGGAGAUCACAUACCAAUCCGGUCGGAACUUCGUGGAGAUGGAAGACGGAUGAUGCGGAAUUCGUGGUAGAAGAAAGCUUGAAGGAGCACGAUCGAUUGAUUAAACAGUUAGCCGGGAUGCCAGGAGUCCGACCGGACCGAUUUACUGAAGCCCGAACUCCUCGUCAUGCUGCCUUGAGCCUUGUCGGAGAACCGGUCAUGUUCCACUCGUUAUUAGACUUACCGCCGGUUACACAGCUGUACCUCUCGAUCGAUGCGGGGACGAAAGAGUCAUUAAAGUCGAUCGAUCGGCCGCUGCACCGAGAUUUCUGGGAACGAUUCUUGGAGUCGAUCGAUAUCGUCCGCAAGAAAAAGAUCCGGACGGUUUUCCGGCUGACGUUGGUGAAGGGAGAAAACUCGGACGAGAUCAAGGAGUAUGCCGAAUUGAUUCGCCGAGGCCAGCCCGACUUCAUCGAAGUCAAAGGCGUCACCUAUUGCGGAUACCCAGGCUCUUCAAACCUGACGAUCAAAAACUCGCCCUGGCAUAACGAGGUGAUCAAGUUUGUCGAAGACUUGUGCGAAGAGAUCAAUGAUCCUCGCUACCGCGCCUCUUCUCAAAACGGCGAUGCCCAGCAAGCGCCGAUUGCCGAGUACGGCUUGGCUGCUGAACAUGCUCAUUCUUGUUGUGUCUUGGCUGCCCAUCAAAAAUAUUACUUCGACGAUCAAUGGCAUACUUGGAUCGACUAUGACAAGUUUUUUGAAUUGGUGGAGUCGGGACAAACAGAGUUUGAGGGAUUAGAUUAUUGCGAUGUGACGCCCGAGUUUGCGCUUUUUGGGUCUCCUCAAGCUGGCUUCUCGCCCGAAGAUCAACGCUGGUUCCGCAAAAAAACGCUUGCCAAAAACAACCAACUUGAGGAUCCACUUGCAGAUCAGACAGCUCCCUCCUCUGUUGGUGUUGUUGUUGCUCCUGGUCCCGCACAGGAUGUUUAA